AUGCCUCGAACACGACACCCCUAUGCACCCGAGCCGCUUCCACGGCCACUACUCCUCCGCAUCCUCUCCAUAACCGCCAUAUCUCUCCCACCGCUACUCUCCCUCAUCACCUUCGCCCUGACGCUCAAGAUCAUCUACACGCCCGAAUACGCCGAAGCAAAACUGCACACCUCGACCGGCCGCCCCAACGGCCUCGUCAUCCACACCUCGCCCUUCUACAACUGCACCAAAGCGCCCUUAACCGCCAUCGACGACCCCACCACCACGACCUUCACCCCGACCUGCGUCCGCCUCAAAUCCCUCACGGGAGCAAAAGCCACAGCAGCCUGCCACGCCAUCCACGCCCCGCCUCCUCUUCCCAACACCACAACCACCACCACCAAUAAUUCCUCCUUGCAGUGGGACCCCACCCCCCUCCUCUGCCAAGCCCUUGUCACCUCCGCCUCCCUCUACAUCGCCGCCGCCGCCAUCUCCGCCUUCGCCCUCGUCCUGUCGACGGCCUACUGCAUCGCCGCCUGGCCCGCCGCCCUCGCCGCGCGCGAACGCUUCUUCCCUGCCGCCGCUGCUCCUCUAGUACCCGUCCGCAGCAUGCUCACCGCGCGCCCGCCCACGGCCGACGCGAAGCUGCAGAAGAUGCACGCGCCGGUUGCAGCGGACGCGGCGCUGGCGGCGCUGUCUACGGUCGACGAGGAUGAUGAUGAUGAGGGGGGGUGUGGCGCAGGUAGUAGAAGGAGAUGGAAAGCGAAUUGGCCAUACUUCUGCGCGCUGGGCAGGGCGCUGGCGGCGCUGCUGGCGCUGAUGGCGGCCGGGGCGGGGGUGGGGGCGCAGGUGCUGGGGUGGGUGGCGUUGAUGGUUGUGAAGAAUCAGCAGCAGUUGCAACUACAGCAGCAACAGCAGCUGGAUCUCGCGCUUGGGAAUGGUGGUGAGCUGGGUGCUUAUGCGCAGGGGCAGUGGUAUGCGCGGCCGCCGGCGUUGGGGUUGAGCGCGGCGGCGUGGGUGGUUGCGGCUGUGGCUGCGUGCGUGGCGGGGAGUCGGAUGGGUGCGGUUGGGAGGGUGGGGAUGUGA